UGACGGUAAUAUGGCGGACAACGAAGAGGUGGGACUUCAGCUGCUCAGGAAGAUUGAAGUGAAAUCUGCCACAAAAUUGCUUCAUGGCUUAGUGGAUAACUUCUGUAAAAGGGGGCAUCUACAUUACUCUAACUAUGACCAGAUUUGGACCCUACAGGAGUGGUGGGCCUUGACUGAAUCAUGGGAAAGUCUGAUCAAGACCGUAGUCCGAGACUCACUUAACAAAGACCAGAUUCUACAGAGAUUGGAGAGCCUUCCGGAGGAGGUCCGGUCUUUGAUUAUAGAUGUUGUAAAUGCCAGGCGGUCAGAUGUCCACCACCAACUACUGUCUGACACAAACUCAAUCUCAAAAUCUACGCUAAGGGACUUUGAUUGGCAAGUUAAAUUAGCUAUGUCCAGUGACAAAUUGUCCUCCAUCCAUGAACCUCUGUUGAAUCUUGACCUUGAUGUUCAGAGUGAGGCUUCGACGGAAAUCCACUCCCUGGAGCUGACACAAGAGGACCUGAGGAACCUGAUCUCUAGUCUGGAGGGAGCAAACAGGGUUCUUCAACAGUGGAAAACAUGAGAAACAUUAUUCAUGACUGUCAUUUGAACUUGUGAAGUCAGGACACAUUGAUAAUGCAGAAGGAUGUCAGAAGUGAUUGGACUCAAUUAUACAGACGUAACGAGGGUCAGACACCUCAAUACCUGGUACCUGUUCUUCAUGAUAUUCAGUGCAAUAAAGAGUGUUUUACAUUUUA